AUGUGUAAAGGAACAUCUCAGUUCAAGUCAAGAGAUCUGAGGCGAUUUGGAAAGAAACCUAAUUUGGAUGUUAUGAUUCUCCACAAACUUGGAGAGUUUGCCUUCAACUGGCUGAAGGCACAUUCUUUGGCUGGCUUUCGUGAAACAGAAUUUCUAUGCUUUUCAAUAAAUAAAUUUAUGGAGUGUCCAAAUCAAACAGCACCAAAUAUGUUUAUCCUCUCUGGGUUUCCAUAUCCAGAAGACCUAAGGUUCCCUUUGCUUCUGUUAUUCUCAAUCAUGUUUAUCCUGACUCUUUCUGCAAAUGCCUUGAUCCUCGGAAUGGUGAUCUCUGAUCUUCAACUGCACAAGCCCAUGUACUGGUUCCUGGGUCAUCUCUCUAUCCUGGACAUGAUUUUCACAACUGUGGUGGUUCCCAAAGUUAUUGCAGGAUUCACUCCAGGUGGAAAAGUCAUCUCUUUUGGAGGAUGUGUGUCUCAGCUCUUUAUCUUCCAUUUCAUUGGAUGUUCAGAAUGUUUUCUUUACAGCAUGAUGGCUUAUGACCGUUUCUUGGCCAUUUGUAAACCCCUACAUUAUACCAACAUCAUGAACUGGAAAACCUGCCUCUUCCUCUCCUUGGGGACCGUAAUUGGUGGCUGCCUCAACUCUUCAUUUUUGACAUCUCUCACCUUUCAUUUGCCUUUUGGAGAGGACAAUCAUAUUGACUAUGUCUUCUGUGACAUUCCUGCUGUCUUAAAGCUGGCUUGCAUAGACAUACAAUUUAAUCAACUGAUGAUCAUCACUGACAUGGGUUUUUUUACAAUGGCCUGCUUUCUCCUCAUCCUAGCCUCUUAUGCUUAUAUCAUCAUAGCCAUUUUGAAGAUCAGUAGCAGUGAAGGGCGACAGAGAGCCUUCUCGACUUGCUCUGCCCAUCUCAUGGUAGUGUUAAUAUAUUACUUGCCCAUCUUUUAUCAUUAUAUGAGGCAAGGCUCUCAGAACUCCAUGGAUAUUGUGGUAAGCAUGUCCUAUACUACCAUCACCCCUUUUUUGAACCCCGUGAUAUACACUCUUAGGAACAAGGACAUUAAAACUGCUCUGGUGAAACUAUGGGGAAUGGAUAUAGUUGAUCAAAUUGCACAGACGUUAAAGAUGCUGUUUAAAAAUAUAGAGGAGAGCAGCUUCAUUCAGAUGACAGUUAAUGUGAGCAAUGAUGGGGCUGGUGACUUGUUUAGAAGAGUGAAGAAGUGGAAUCACAAGUGA